GCAGGCGGAGCCGGUCUCUGACGCGGCGGCUGGAAGCUUUUGUCCCCCCCGCCCGGAGUUAAGAAGGGGAAACUUCAACUCUCACAAACUACUCUGACGUACGACACGCUGCGAUUCGCUGAGUUUGAGGAUUUCCCUGAGACCUCGGAGCCUGUCUGGAUCCUGGGGAAGAAGUACAGCGUCCUCACAGAAAAGGACGAGAUCUUGGCCGAUGUGACGUCGAGACUCUGGUUUACGUACAGAAAGAACUUCCCGGCCAUUGGGGGCACCGGCCCCACCUCGGACACGGGCUGGGGCUGCAUGCUGAGGUGUGGACAGAUGAUCUUCGCCCAAGCCCUGGUGUGUCGGCACCUGGGCCGCGACUGGAGGUGGACGCAGCGGAAGAGGCAGCCAGACAGCUACUCCAGCGUCCUGCAGGCAUUCCUGGACAGGAAGGACAGCUGCUACUCCAUCCAUCAGAUAGCACAAAUGGGAGUCGGUGAGGGCAAGUCCAUCGGCCAGUGGUAUGGGCCCAACACCGUCGCCCAAGUCCUCAAGAAGCUGGCUGUCUUUGACACCUGGAGCGCCCUGGCUGUGCAUGUGGCGAUGGACAACACGGUGGUGAUGGCGGACAUCAGGAGGUUGUGCAGGAGCGGCCUUCCCUGUGCCGGGGCCGAGGCCUUCCCGGCAGACUCCGAGCGGCACUGCAACGGCUUCCCGGCGGGGGCCGAAGGCGGCGGGCGCACGGUGCCCUGGAGGCCCUUGGUGCUGCUCAUCCCGCUGCGCCUGGGGCUGGCGGACGUCAAUGCGGCCUACGCGGGCACGCUCAAGCACUGCUUCCGGAUGCCCCAGUCCCUGGGCGUGAUCGGGGGGAAGCCCAACAGUGCCCACUACUUCAUCGGAUACGUUGGGGAUGAGCUCAUCUACCUGGACCCCCACACCACGCAGCCGGCUGUCGCGACCUCUGACCGCUGCCCGGUCCCGGAUGAGAGCUUCCACUGCCAGCACCCGCCCGGCAGGAUGAGCAUCGCGGAACUCGACCCGUCCAUCGCCGUGGGGUUUUUUUGUAAGACUGAGGACGACUUUAACGACUGGUGUCAGCAAGUGAGAAAGCUGUCCCUGCUGGGAGGCGCCCUGCCCAUGUUUGAGCUGGUGGAGCAGCAGCCUUCCCACCUGGCCUGUCCUGACGUCCUCAACUUGUCCUUAGAUUCUUCUGAUGCAGAGCGACUGGAAAGAUUCUUUGACUCAGAAGAUGAAGACUUUGAGAUCCUGUCCCUCUGAGAGUCCUGCAGGUGGGGACGGUCUCACUGGCCCUCCAGGGGCGCUUGGCCGCUGCGUCUCGUCCACCUGCUGCCCGCCGCCCAGCGCCCCAGCCCAGCUGCCUCCGCCUGACUGAGGCCCUGGGCACGCGCUCCUGCCGCACUGCCAGCCCUGCCCGGCGCCCUGCGCCCUCCUGGCCUGGCCGCUCACCUUGAAAUUAAAGCCCUGUCUGAAGCUCCGUGACGGACAUAGCUGCCGCUGGGCGUGUCCCGAGACAGGCUCCAAAGACGCAGUCUGCAGGGCGCCAUGGGAGAAGGGGCCAAGGACCUCGGCAGGGCGUCCCACGUUGGGAGGAGAGGCGUGGGUGGGGGCGGGCAGUCAGGUCCAAAGAUGUUACUGUGCGCAGUGCCAGACGGCAGUGCCGCCUGCCCAGAGCCCCAGGGCGGCUGCGGGCCCCGCGCUGCUGCUUGCUUGUCUUGCCCGCUUCCCCCAGGGUAGGGGACUUGGGCAGCUCCAUGCCCCCGGAGCAGGCCCCUGCCUCACCCCUCCUCAGGGCCUCCCUCUCGGCCAGCACGGCUUCAGAUGGUUUGGGGUCCAAGGGUCAAGCCUUCCACAUGUGGCGUGAGGUGGGCGUGCAGCUCCUCAUGGCAGGAGCACACCUAGACCUGCUCACGCUGACCCGGGGCCACCUGCCACCUCUCAGCCUGCGUUUGGGCCCCACCGACGGCCUGUGUCCCACCAGGAAGCGCAGACUGGCUGGGAGCUCGGGUGGGGCGGCCCCCCCCAGGAGUCCCCCCCACCUCCCACCCAGGGGGCAGCUUGCACCCUGCCCCCUGGGUGUUGUUGACCUAAGUUAUUUCAUCUCCCUUUUUGUCUCCUUCCCCCGCUCCGUCCCUCAGGCAGAGCUGGGGGGCUCCGUUUCCCCUGCCACUGGCGCAUGGGGUCUUCUCUGCUCCUGCCGGCAGCAGGGGCACCAGGGGGGACCACCGACCAGAGGGGACUGUCUCGUGUGUGUUGGGAAAGGCUUACUGAAGAGUGUUCACUCCUAGUCGUAUAGUUCGCGGUUCUUUACUGCAAAUAAUUAACAGUUUCAAUAGAAAACA